UAUUUUAUGUGUGGCUCUUCUCAUUUUGCCUUCAGAGCAUUUCCGAUUGCUUCGAACGCCUUCUUUCUCGAUUUUCCCGUUGCAAGUAGCACGUGCAGAAACAAAAAUGGGUUUCCAAAAUAUUUGGUAUUCGCAUCCACGAAAAUACGGUCAAGGAUCCAGAUCCUGCCGUGCCUGUGCGAACAAACAUGGGCUUAUCCGCAAGUACGGUCUGAAUAUUUGCAGACAAUGUUUCAGAGAGUAUGCAGCGGAUAUAGGUUUUAAGAAGUUGGACUAAUACCAUUAUAAGCAAUUUUACUUGGCGGGAAUUACACAAUUGUAUUAUCUUUCACACUCAUUGUAUAAUGUGUCCAAAAUAUACAUUUGUGUCACGUUA